UCUGCCAAAGCACUGGCCCACCCAUGCAAGUUGCUAAACCACUCCAAAAGAAACAGGCUGAAAAUCAGCUCCCUUCAGAUAUCUGGAAUAUGCCGUGGGAUUAUAUUUUGAAAGAGCCUGGAAGCAGAAAGGUCUGAAAAUUUUACUCCCCAGGAGUGACAAGGCAGAGUCUUCCAGCUUUAUAGGUUACUAUUUCUCUCUGUUUCAAUUACAGACUUUAAGCUGAAAAGUAUCUGAAGGAGCCAAGGAGUAAUGUGUGAACACAGCACUACAGCAGAAAGUGAUCUAGUGAAGGAAGUUGUGGACUCGGUUUUGGCAGUGAAAAGGGAGCCCGGCCACUGCUCAGACGGUCCCUCCACCACCAUCAAAAAGAAACGUGUGAGAAGCCUAUGGAAAGGGAGGAAAAGCCUUUCAGCCCGGUCUAGUCGAGAAUUCUUCCAUCCGCUCUGCGGGGGACGAUCGGGCUCCUUCGUCAGGCGACAGCCCAGGGAUCCCGCGCUCGUCCUGGGAGGUGAACCAAGAGCUUCGCCACAGCCUCGCUGGUGUCUCGCCAGCCAAGCGGCAAAUGCGCUUUCCUUGUCUUCCGGGCGGAAAGGAGGCGGGCGCCCAAACUUCAGGAAGCUUCGUCCUCGAUCCCCUUCGGGCCGCGCAAGAAGGGGCGCCUCGGACAUGCCCCUGCCUGCUCCUGGGCUUGCCGUCGAGGCUGAGCGCCCGCAAAGAAGCCAGAAAGGAGGCUGCCAGACCUGCAGCCGAGCGUCGACCGUCGGGGCUGUCCUUCGCCUGGGUGGACAGCGCCCUCCCCGCUGGAGGCGGGGAGAAGUGAGCCAAGCGUCUCGGGCUCCGGCAAGGCCAGCUUGGCCAAAGUCCGGACGCCUCGGUUCGGCACUGUUGCUGCCGCUGCUGCCGCCGCCGCCGCCACCUUCCCCUGCGCGGAAUAAUAGCAGCGGGACAUGCCCGCACGUCUCCCCGGAUUGGAGAGCCCCGCGAGCUCCCGGAUUCGCAGCCCCGCGAAUCUCGCCGUCCAUCCGCUUCGGCCUCAGCCCCUUUGGCCUCAUGAGGAUGCCCCGGGCCCACGGGGUGAGACUACCACUCCUGCUCCUGCAGGGCGCUCUCCUCGGAUCUGUGGCAGGGAAAGAAGUCAAAUCAGUCCUGCAGAGCCUCCCCCAGCCGAUGUCUCCCUCUGAUUUCCUAGACAAGCUGAUGGGCCGGACGUCAGGCUACGAUGCUCGCAUUAGACCAAACUUCAAAGGCCCACCCGUCAAUGUGACAUGCAACAUCUUCAUCAACAGCUUUGGUUCAGUCACAGAAACGACCAUGGAUUAUCGGGUCAAUGUCUUUCUGCGGCAGCACUGGAAUGACCCCCGCCUGACUUAUUGGGAAUACCCCGAUGACUCUCUAGAUUUGGACCCCUCCAUGCUGGACUCCAUCUGGAAGCCAGACCUGUUCUUUGCCAAUGAGAAGGGAGCCAACUUCCAUGAGGUCACGACAGACAACAAACUUCUGCGCAUUUUCAGAAAUGGGGGUGUGCUGUAUAGCAUUAGGCUGACUCUUAUCCUCUCCUGCCCAAUGGAUCUCAAGAACUUCCCUAUGGACAUUCAGACGUGCACCAUGCAGCUGGAGAGCUUUGGUUACACCAUGAAUGACUUGAUCUUUGAGUGGGAGAAGGAGCAGGAGGCUGUGCAGGUGGCCGAAGGCUUGACGCUCCCUCAGUUUAUUCUGCGGGAUGAGAAAGAUCUGGGCUAUUGCACCAAGUCCUACAACACAGGGCAGUUCACCUGCAUUGAAGUAAAGUUCCACCUGGAGAGGCAGAUGGGCUACUAUCUGAUCCAGAUGUACAUCCCAAGCCUGCUGAUUGUCAUCCUUUCUUGGGUCUCCUUUUGGAUCAACAUGGAUGCUGCACCAGCCCGGGUGGGGCUCGGCAUUACCACUGUGCUGACAAUGACCACCCAGAGUGCAGGGUCUCGGGCAUCCUUGCCUAAGGUCAGGGCCUACGGCAGGGCAUCCUGGAGCACCUUCCCAGCACAUGAGUCUCUGGGCGGGCAGGAAGUCUCCUACGUCAAAGCCAUUGAUAUCUGGAUGGCCGUCUGCCUGCUCUUUGUCUUCGCCGCUCUGCUGGAAUAUGCAGCGGUCAACUUUGUUUCGCGCCAGCAUAAGGAGCUCCUGCGUCUGCGGCGGAGCCAACGGCGGCAGAGGAUGGAAGAAGAGGUGAUGCGUGAGAGCCGCUUCUACUUCCAGGGCUAUGGACUGGGCCAUUGUCUGCAGCACAUGAAAAGUGGGGCAGCCAUGGAAAGCCCCAUCUACAGCCCGCCUGUGCCAGCCUCCCUCCUGCGAGAAGGAGAAAUGCUCCGGAGGCGCUACGUGGAGCGGGCCAAGCGCAUCGACACCAUCUCCCGAGCCAUCUUCCCCUUCACUUUCCUGGUCUUCAAUAUUUUCUACUGGGUGGUCUACAAAGUGCUCCACCAAGCAGCCCCUUGAGCUCUGAGCAGGACUUGCCUUGCUGGUGGCUUCCUCGUGAGCUUCCGGGCUGGAGAACACACAAAUAUCGAUUCCUUUUCCAAUGCCAUGCUGAGAAAUUUGGCAAACUCUGCAUGAUGCUCAGGUGUGCAAAAGGAAGGUAUGGGAAAUGUGUCGCUGCUAAGCAUGAUAGAUCUUGGGGUGGCCAUAUUUCAUAAGGAGGACCACCGUGGGGCUGUUUUUCUUUUCUAAAUUUAUGCUGCUCCCCUGAAGUCCAGGAAGCCUUGGAAGAAUUAAAGAACUGACAGGUAAAAGCGAAGCUGUAGGUCACCCAGUCCGACCCCCUAACCGGUGCAGGCAUCUGCUAAGCUUUCCCUUACAGGUGUUCAGCCCCUGUUUUUGAAAACCUCCUACAAGGGGAGCACAUCUUUUGUGGUCUGCUCUAGCCAGAGAUGGUCGGCUGCUCUGAGUGCUUCUGGCAGGGCUUUGGCUCCAAACCUCAGUUGCCCUCGGAGUGACCCUCUGAAGCCCCCGCUGCCCUUUUCCAGUUUGCAAAGCAGCAUAGGACCCAAUAGAACAAUUGCCUCCUGUGGUCUGGACACUGCUGCUCUUAAUGCAGCCCAAGAUUGCAUCAACUUCUGAGCGGCUGCAACAGGGGCUUUGCCUUUGUCUGCCUGCACUCCAUAUAUCCUCCUCACAUGCCAAUUCAGCCUGACACUCAAGAGUCAUGACAAUUUUCAGGAAUGGGACUUCAGGCAGCACAUUUGCAGAUCUUCAAUUGUGGGUCAGCCCAGCCUUCAGACCUGUCAGAAACCUGUUGAAUUGCACCGUGGCCCUCCAAGGUGUUAUUCAACACCCUUACCUUGAUAUCGUUCCUUCCAGGCCAUCCUCUGGGCCCCUUAAAGAGACCAUGAAUGGUCUGGCCAAGGAUGGAGCCCCGAGGGCCCUUUUCCUAUUUGACAAUGCAAAGCCAUUGAUCCAUUGACCAUGGCUGCUGAAUCAGUUGCAAGCCCUCAGACUAGCCCACGUCUCUAACUGUAACCAGGGCAGGUCCACAAACCCAGCCCCUCUUUUGUCAGCCCCUUUUAGGGCUACAGCCAUCGCCUCACCCAUAAACCCUCCCAAACCCGCUACUGGAGAGCAUUGCCCAGCGGGGCUGUCUAGCUUCCCUCUUCCGGAGCUGUGCCAUCAGCUUUCUCUCCCUCUCGGGCUCCUGGCAGAGCCCGCUUGGCAGCAGCCUUGCACACUCAUUUAUUAUUACAUCAGUGAAACAACUCUUGGCAGAUAACAAUUGAAAACAUUUAAGGCAGAUAACUAACAGAAUACAACUCAGAGAUGAAACAGCUCAGGAAUAAAAGCAGAGCCUGGCUAGAAUAUCCUCUGAAACAGUUCAGUUUCCAGCAUUUUUCUGAAAUGGCUCAGGGAAGGGGCAACACAUCCUGGACUCAGCCCCCUCAGAACCCUCCCAGAAGGGUUUGGGACAAGCACUGGGAGUAGCUUCUCCCUGCAUGGCUGGGCUAAUUGCGGUGUGAACAUGCAGUUGCCGGGCUAUCCCAGUGCCAGGAAAUCUAGGGCUGCUCGGGGUGAAGGGAGAAAUCCAUAAGUCUGAGAGACAUGGCUGAACCACGGGCUUAUAUGCCAAGGGGGGAACCACCUCAUGAAAUUUAUUGAUGGAAAAUGUUUGUUCGGCCAGCCGCUCAGAACACAAUUCUCAGCAGUUCACAGUCUCUGCUUACUGGAUUCGGAGCUGCUGAAACUCCGAUGGAAGUAGAGUUACGUGCUGUGUGCAGCAGUUAUUUUAAAAGUGCCCUUUUCCUGCCAGGUCCUCCCUUAUGGCCACUAUGGGUUCAGUCAUAGUGUGAGAGAGUCUCCCUUCUUGCCCAGAAGCCCUUCAGGUUCCUCCCUUUCUCAGCCUGGCUGCUCCCUGGCAUGCUGUGGUUCAGCUGCAAAUGGCCCUGCAGAGCAGGAGCAGCUUGGUGGGCUGCAAAGAAAGAGCAGGAGUGGAAGUCCCCCCCCUCCCCCAAUGCUUGGACUUUAAGAGCCAGUCCUGGGGCUGAGGCAGCCUCCAUCAAGCAGGAUGAAGCUCAUUGGUGGAUCUUAAAGAAGCUGCUAAAAUGAUGAGAUUAAGGUCAGGAGCCAUGAGGAAACUGCACUUUACCUAAGAAAUUAACCUUAUAUCUGGAGAAGACCUGUCAAAACUCCUGAAGUGGGACAGUUGAACAACAUCUGGCAGUGAGGAGGGAGGGAAGGCAGGAGGGCCCCUUUCAAAGGCCAAAGAAGAUGGGGGGGCACUGGUUGCACUGGAACUGAAACAGAUGCCACAGGAACAGCUUCUUAGUCCACUCCUGGGGCCCUGAAGUUCAAUAGGGCUGGUGGCCAGCCUGAACUCUGUCUGGUGGCCCCUUCCUUCCCUGUCUCCCCACCUCUCUGCGGUGCCUCUGUCUGUGCUGCACUGCUUUUUUCUUCCCCGCUGCUUCCCAGUUUCCUGAUCGGAUAUGUACCUCCCAUUUGUAGCUAUGGUUCUCCCAGGAGUGGAACCUCCGACAACUGAGAGCAACUUCCCAUCUAUUACCCUGAGAAAGCUGGAGCUUGUCUGCCUGCAGGGUUUGCCAAAUAGAAACGCUUCCCUGUCGGCAGGGACCAAAUGGGAUUUUGAAAACAAGGCAUUUCCAAACCACUCUGCUUUCCCUAUGGAAAUAAAGUGCUGCAGGGAUUUUAUUUCAAGUUGUUUUUUUUCAAUUGGGAAAAGACUCCCACUGACAGAGGGGCAAGGAGUGCCUAGGCCAGGAGCCAAAUGUGAGCCCCUCAUGGCAGGGGUGAAAUCCAGCAGGAGAACUGGUAGCAGAAAUUUUGAGCAGUUCAGAGAACCGGCAAAUACCACCUCUGGCUGGUCCCAGAAUGGAGUGGGAAUGGAGAUUUUGCAGUAUCCUUCCCCUGUCAUGCCCACAAGCCACAUCAUGCCCACCAAGCCAUGCCCACAGAACCGGUAGUAAAAAAAAUUGGAUUUCACCACUGCCUCAUGGGCUGAAAACUGCCUGUUGUGUCUUGCCCGCUCUCACCGCAGCCGGGGUCUGCUUAUCUGCUUCCGAAUGCUGAAGAAUGUCCUCCCGGCCUCAGCCCUGGCUCCAUGCCCAGACAGGCUGAGGAGGGGGCAUCUCCCGGCCCCAGCCCUGGCUCCAUGCCCAAGCAGGCUGCAGAGGAGGGAGCACCCCCCGGCCCCAGCCCUGGCUCCAUGCCCAGGCAAACGGAGCAGCUAGACCCCUCCCCCUCCUCCACAGCAUGUGAGCCUGAGGAAAGUUUAUUUCCAACAGCUGCUGAUUGGAGUGACCCUCGCAUCAGAAGACUGGAUAGGCGGAGGCAACAGAAGGAAGGGAGGGGCAGGCCUUAAUGAGUGCUGAGUCAUGGAGCCACACCCCAUGGCCUAUAUAAAGGAUCUGCUUUCUGGCAGUCUCUGAGUCAGGCAAAGUCGAACUUAUCUUGCUGAAGUCACUUUCUGGUCUCCUGCCUGCUCUGAGGACUUUACUAGGACUUUGGGCAGAGCUGCAGAGGCAAGCCUGAUUCAGAUUUCCCUGACCCGGCCAUCAGCAGAGGAGUGGGACACGACACUGCCCAUGCCAGCCGCAGCCAGGAUGAAACUGGCUUCUUGCAUCCUCAAAGCUUUCUCGGUCGAUUUCUGCCAUGGAGGCUGGUGAGAUUGUUGCUCCAGGCUGUGUGAGUUAUGCCAGGAAGGGGCCUGAUGUGGCUCUGAGCUCCUGAAGGCAACAUUUCCUUUCCGCAGCAGAGACCAGGCAACAGUGAAUUCUCUCUCCCCAAACCUUGGAAAAAUGGAGGCAAGGAGAGCGCUGAACCGCCCUGCUGGUUCCUGGGAAAGGCAGCUCUGAUCUUGUGGCUGUGGACCAAACAGAGAAAGAGGCGCUGCUAGAGAGAAGGCCAAGCGGUAGGACUGCUUGCCCAGGACACCUCGUGGCAGGAGGAAAAGGGUCUCCUUUGAAGAUGCUGCUGCAAACAGCCCCUCCUAGACCCUCU